UCCAACCCCUUAUAGCAGAGUGUCACGCUGGGAGGCAUUGGGUCACAUUUUUAAAGUCUUUGGUACAAUGCAACUGGAUUUGAACCCUGAUCUCCCCGUCCUAGGGCAGGCACACCACUAGGUCACUGAGAAGGUAACACUUGCAAACAAAACCAGGGUAAAAAGUUAAUUUAAAAAUAUGUUUUUAAAUAUAAAUGUUUCUAAACCUUUUGAAACAGGUAGCUCGGUUGAAAGGCCAGACUGUUCGGAUCAUUUAUGAUUGUGCUCACAUCCUGCCAGUUUUUGCUCACAGAUACGACGCUUACGAGAUCUCUCCAUCAGAUAACCUUCUCUGUGUUAGUCCUUUUGUUCUUUUGAGAAAUGGGUCAUUACCUGAUUACAGGUGUGUGGUGAAUUGCCUUGUUCUGGGGUCACGUGACUCCAAAACAAAGGGGGCCAGUCUUCUCAUCACACUUAUCUCGCUGCUCAGUUCAAAACAAAUUCAUGUUGAUAGUGUGAAGAUAAGACCAGGGGGUGAUUACACACCCCCUUGCAGGCAUCGAUUGGUUGCUAGUGAAAGUCGUGUCUUAUAAGUGAUCCCACAGCUGGGUUAAGAAUCACAGCAGCCUGAUGUUAAAGAUGUGGAUUCUCCUGUUUUUGUGCGGCCCUUUGGGGUCAUUGGGGUCAAAGGAGGUGAUGAGUGGAGCCACUCGGCAGCUGCAGGUUCUCCACUGCCCGCCCUGUGAGCAAAUACACUGCUCCUCCAGACGGGCCUUGAAGCUCCAGUGUAGAGGAGGUUUGACGACGGGCGUGUGCGGCUGCUGUCCCACGUGUGCCAGGCUGGAGGGGGAGACCUGUGGAGGGGCGUGGGACUACCUGGGGAAGUGUGACAUUGGGCUGGUGUGUGUUUAUCAGGAGUCGGAAACAGAAGCAGAGCAAAAAGGAAUCUGCAAGGCUGUGGUUGAACAUGUAGAUCCAGACAGCUGUAAUCCAGAGUGCACUAGGGAUUACUGUCAUGCCAACCCCUCUGCAAUCUGCUCUGCCAGGUCUGUAUCUCUGGAGAAUACAGCAUGCCAGGGCUGCUGUCAGCACACCUCAUGCUCAAGCUGUCUCACACUGAGACGUCCUCCGUGUCAUCACACCUGUGCCCCAUCUGAUUCCACCUGUCUGCAACACUUUGGGAGGUGUGUGCACAAUCAUGUGAGAGAGAGUUCAGACUGGCUCUGCAACAGCAACAUGCAGAGUAACAAUGAGGGGAGUUUCGUUUGUUUGGUUCCUCUUCAGUCGAGCUCAAGCAAGUAAUCCCUCAUGGAAUGAGAAGAAAACUUCACAAGCCCAGAAGUAAAAGUGGGGAAAGGCAGCUCAUAGGUCAAAGGGGGUUAUUUGAAGGGAUUUUUAAUAAAAUAAACUAUGUACUGUUUAAUUUUACAAUGCAAAUCAAACUUUUGUAAUUGUAUGAAAAAUAAAACUUGCAGAAAACUUUUUAUUUUAAAUUGUGUUUUAAAUUUUGUGUUUAAAAAGUGAACUUCAGUUUGCAAUUUUAAUAAUA